UAUGAUAUCGGCUUUACAUGUUUAUGGUCGCACCUGACAAAUUAGGGAAAAUAACCUUUCAGGCGUAUAUCUCGUUAAGUUAAAUCGUCAUUAUUUUUACUUGACAGAGGGAGAUAAGAAUGGCUUUCAUUUCUCUCAUUUUAUACUAAUUCGCUAUUGACGCGAUUACUUCGUAACAAUAAAUGAUGGCAAUCAUAUAUAUAUAUAUAUAUAUAAAUAAAUUAAGAUAACUUAUUUAUAGUGAAGAAGUUCAGUUAGAAACUCUUGGUUAACAAAGACAGAAAAUGGUAGACAUAAGGGCCAACAUUAUUGGAAAAAAUGAUUCCCACCAUGAGUCAAGAAUUCGGGCUAACAGUUCUGGCACAGGAGCUUCAACACCAUCAUCUUCUUCUGAUUAUAUGACAGGAGAAGCAGAUGAUAGUUCUGAUAGCAAGGGAACUAUUCCUUUCAGCUUAAAAUCAGUAGAGACUAUGCUUUCAUUAUCUAAGGAUGCUUCUCAGGAAGAUUUACAAGAAAUGGUAAAUAAGUGUAAGUCAAUGGUAUUAGAGAGCGCAGAAUGUUCAGACGAGCGCAAAUGGCUGGUCCGACGAUUGAUUGAGUUACGUUUACGGGCUCAAGAAUUACGCGAGACUUCAAAUGAAAAUCUGUUUGAGACUCAUGUAAUUCUAGGCCAUCAUUUUGUACCACAGAAGUACCAUAUUACCACAUCUGGACCUGUUUAUUGCGAUCAUUGCAGCGGUGCAAUUUGGACGAUGUUGCAGUCAUGGUAUAUGUGUAAUGAUUGCAAGUUUAGUUGCCACUGGAAGUGCCUCAACAACGUGUGUCGAGUAUGCGUCCAUGUGGUUGCCAGCGAAGCCGGCGGUUACACUCACACGAAGGAUAUUUGUCCAGAGCAAGGCUUAUCAAAGCAAGGCUAUCGGUGUGCAGAAUGCAAAACACAAAUAACGUUUACUUUCUCAAAAGGAUUGUCGCUAUCAUGCUUCGGCAGUUCCUUUAAGAAUACAGAGUCGACGUGGGUGGAGCCGCGCCUGUGCGACUACAGUGGCCUAUAUUACUGUCAAAGAUGUCACUGGAACACAGCCAUGGUGAUACCCGCUAGAGUGAUCCGGAACUGGGACAUGGAGCCGCGUCUGGUAUCUCGCGCCGCAGCGCAGCUUCUGAUGCUGCUGGAAGAUCGUUCGGUAUUGCCUCUGGAAGAACUAAACCCGAAGCUGUUCACCUUGGUUCCGGAUUUGUCGCUCGUGAAACGAAUGCGAGAAGAAAUGCAAAUGAUGAAGAGAUACCUGGUACUGUGCGAGGAGGCCUGCAGUCAAGGCUUACCAUGGAGAAUUUGCCUGCGCACGCAUAUGAUCGAAAAUUCGGGUAAUUAUUCGAUCAAGGACCUCAUCGACCUACAGGCCGGCGUUCUCCUGGACGAACUUCGCACCGUCUAUGACACAAUGCAUGCGCACAUCACACAGCAAUGCCAGCUAUGCCGAGCCAGAGGACAUCUAUGCGAAAUAUGCGGUAAUGACGAAGUUAUAUAUCCGUGGGAUGCCAGUUCAGUCAUUUGCCAGCAAUGCUCAGCGGUGUAUCAUCGUGUUUGCUGGUCCAAGCGCAAUCACUACUGCCCGCGAUGCGCACGUCUGCAAAAACGCCGCGCUCAGCAACAGGGACAACAAGCGACGCAGGAUUGCGGUGAGGAUUGCGACACGGACGACACCGCCAAGGACACCUAAAAUGCUAAAGAGCUCGCAUCGUGAACUGAGUGCCGUGACAAUCCGUUACAUGGUCGCGCCGUAUGUCAAGAAACUACACUUUGUACCUGUUUACUUUUUUAAACGGAUCAAAGCAAUUUCACAGGCUGUUGUUUUCAUAACUCGAUUGUCGUAUCUUAAGAAUCAACAUAGCCCGUAGCGCGUCCAUCUGAUCGUGAAUUUAUACGCUGUAUCGUGUAAUUUUUUUAUAUCUGGUCUAAUAAGUGAUAAACAAGGUGAUAUAUGAGUAUAUAGAUUAGCGAUAUCGUGUAUAUUCAUGUUAUGCAGAACGAUCCAUUUUAAAUGGUCACUUAAGAUGUUUCGAGAGAAAUACAUUAUUCGAAAGAAUGUUUCCGACAAAAGUUGUUUGAUUUGCAGAGGAUACUAGUCAGAGGUCACUGACGUAGUGCAGCAUUCGUAGUUUGCACUAUUUUUCUAUUCAAUUGUACAUAAUUGUAAAUGCUAUUACAGAGUUUACGAAUUGAAGAAUACUCCGUGUUGUAUCAACAGAAAAAACAAAACAAAAAUCUUUUUUACGAAUGGUUUUUUUGUUUUUGAUGUCAAUUUAUGGAAGUCGACAUUGAUUUAUUAGUAUUUUUACUCUGUAACAUUUGCAAUUUUAUACAGCUGAAUAUUAGAUCCUCGACUAAGUUCUGAGGAUUUUCGUUUAAAGGUAUUUAUUAAAAAGAAAUUGUUGUUAUUUUUGUUAAUCAAAAUAAUUGUUGCUAGCUUCUAGCAACCUAUUUUUUGCUAUUUCUCAAGUAAGAGUUCGAUUACAUGAUGGUAAAAUGAUGGCUCCUUGGAGUGAAAGAAAUUAUCAACUUAAUCGUUCAUUUCGUCGACAUUUCAGAAGCGCUGUCUUUUAAGAUUGUGUUUUAUGAAACGAAACAGAAGAUAGUUCGAAGGCGCAACAUCUGGAAAAUAAGCAGGGCGAGGAUGAUGUGAUAUUGGCGAUAGUUUGAGCAAUAUAUGGUAAAGAGUGUGUACCGGAAGAUUAACCCCAAUGCAAAUGUUACCAAAAUUGUUCGUGGAUCCAAUAGCAUGAUAGUGGUAGUAAGCUCCACGG